GGCUGGAGAGGUGGAGCUGUUGUAAACUAGUCAGCGAUUACGCACUCUCCCAAGACACAAUUUAACUCGCAGGGAACUAUUCGAUCAGUUCUUAUGAACAUACAAGAACAACAUGGCACUGGAACAUAACAUGUUGGCCUACUUACUUUUCAGUUGUAUUGUUGUUUUGAAAUGCACUCUGUAGUGUAAACAUGUAUGUGGACUGUCGGCCCACUGGAUUUUGCGUUUGUUGGCUGCCUGAGCGUUGUUCUAGCAACAUUGGAUACAAUGUGACUUUUCCAAGUGUCUCUGGUGUCAGUACUGAUCAAUGUUCAUGAUGAGUUGCGGAAAUGAACCAGCACGUGCUGUGCUCCUGUUGUGUUUGCUGCUGCUCCUGCACGCCGCGGAGGAGAAACCACGCGCUAAACUAACUGUCACCGAGAUUCAACACCAUAAUGGUUCCACCUGGAACUUGGAGAGUCUUCCCCAGCUGAGUCUGUCCACCUUCCGGUUCUCUCCAUCACAAGGCUCCUGUUCUGCUUGUGUCCAUGUCAGUGUCAGAAUGAAAGCUGCAGACUUUACUGGGACACUGACUAUUACGUACCUGGAGCUGUCAACUAGUACUCACAGAAUCAUCUCCAUAGAAAAUGUCAAAAAUCGCACUUUACAGUGGAGAGGCCCGCUUCCAUUCAACGGAGGAAAGACCAAAAUCAAACGUUUACAUCUCCAUAAUAUUGGCCAUCAAAUUUUGUGGGAGUUGGUGUAUGACUGUUUCCCGGCCGAUGCAGGGCGACAAGUGUAUGUGUCUUUGUCCUCCAAACCAAAGAGAGAAGACAGGUACAUCGUACAAGACAUCUGUCCAGAUCCAGUGCCGGAGUUUGACCUGUUUGUUGAUGAGCUGGCUCGAUCCCUCACUGUAACUGUAGCCACUGGGGACCACAUGUACCAGCCGGCUCUCUCACCUGAAGUGUACACCAGGCUGUGCUACAGACAGACAGACUCAGAAUGCUCCAACCUUUCUCCUCUUACCACUAUUGACACCAAUCAGGCAUUGUCAGUGACUCUCAGGUUCCCCUACCUGCUUCGCUGUGUCUGUGUUCAGGUAUAUUACACACACCUGGAUGCAAGGCGAACCACAGUUUGCCCAUUUGUGAACAGCUCAUUAGGUGAGGGCAGAGAUGUGUGGCGCUCCAGUUUUGUGACUCUGUAUGGUGAGUUGGGUUCCAACCUUGCAUGGAGUUCCCCGUGUCCUGCUGCUUACCUGAAGCUCUCUGCCUCCCUCUGCUGGCAACACCAGAGAAACACAUCCCACUGCACUCCCAUCUUCAACUCCACACUGGAGGACAUAGUGGAGAAGAGAGAUCUGAAAUAUAAUGUUUCUGCUGUGGAUAAACACCCUCAGAUGUGUGUGCAGUUGUCCUUCAGAAGCAGUUUUGAUGUCCACUGUCCAUUCCUGCCAGGUAUGUCUAAGUGGGAGGCAUAUGUUGGUCCUGGUUCACAGAGUCUCCGUGUCUAUCUCACUUCCACUAUCCCAGCAUCCUUUGCUGCUCAACUCUGUGUAUGGCAGGACAAGGGAUGUGUGUCCAGAGGAGCUAUCUACUUAGUAAACAUGGGUGGGGGCACCAGAGAGACACAGCUGAACCUGCCCUUAUCCUUCCUAACUGAGGGACUAUGUGUGCAGGUGUGGCGGUCAGAUCCUCCACAGUAUGGGAGGAGAAUACUCUGUCCUGACUAUUCCCACAGGAGAUGGGGUCUCUAUGCUGUUGCAGCCUUGACACUUCUGGUUACUGUGGCAAUGCUGGGACGCCUCAUCCACUAUGUGACCAAGAAUGGAGUCACAGGUUGGCUGUUCAUCCAGAGGCCUGUGUUGUUGGUGUGUUCCUCAGAGCUGUCAACCCAUGUGUCUCCCGUGUGUUCUUUGGCCUCCAUUCUACAGGGAGAGCUGUGUGCUGACGUGCGUAUGGCUCUGUGGGCCCAGAUCUCCAAUGGGAAUGGUCCUGGGGCUAUGGAGAGGUCUGGGGCUGGUGUGGCUGAGCUGGGCCCUGUGCCCUGGAUGUAUGGACAGUGGGAGGCAGUCAGAGAGGCAGGAGGCCGGGUGCUGAUCAUAUGGAGCCCAGAGGCUAAGGAGUCCUACAAGAGCUGGAGAGAAGAGCGAGAUGGGAAAAAGAUAGGAGGGAGUAAAGGAGAGGAGAUGCGACAAGGGGAGAGUGGAGGAGAGGAGCUGAAAGGACUUGAGUUAACAAGAGAUAAACAGGAGCAAGCAGGAAUGGAGAAAGAAGUGGAAUGGAAAGAGGAAGGUAGGAGCGGAGAGGAGGGGAGGGAGCCCUCCUCAGUGACGGGGCCGGUGUUCAGGGCUGCCCUGUCCUGUCUGCAGGGGGCACUACAGGGGACAGGCAAGAGCCACGGCUUUGCCCUUGUCUACUUCCAGGACCUCUGUCACAGCCGAGACAUCCCCAAAGACCUCAGAGGUGUCCCGCGCUACUGCCUGCCUCGGGAUUUUGGGGGCCUGAUACGAGAGCUGGGCGGGAUGGCUAGAGGAAGGAACAAUGUGAUUGGCAGCUGGCACUGCUGGCUCAGACUCCUCUCCAAAACAUUGUCGCUUUGGUUGGCACGACGACUAACUCACAAGGUGAGUUGCCACGGACACACCCACAGGAAGAAGAGGGUCCAAAACCGAAAUUGUCGCAGAAAGUGAUGUCAGAGAGGACACUAAAGCAGGCAUGUGUCGCCACUGUCAACCAAUUAAGAGAGGACAGAGCCAAGCACUUUGCAGGAGGAGUCACUCAGCGGGCCACCGUGGUGAUGAGGCAGGGCAUCUCAGGUUUGACCUU